ACGAACCUGUUACUAACUCCAUGGAAUAUAUGGAUGAAGAACUGGUAUCGGAAAUGAUAGCAAACGCCACCACGUUUUUUGUCAGCGAAAAUCCAGACCAAAUGAAGAAAACAGCCGUGGCGGAGCUUUCAGAAUUCGAGAAGCAAAAAAUGUUUAGUCUGGCAGACAAACUGUUAGUUAGCGAGGAUUCGUCUUUGGAAUCGACCGAAAUAACCGAAGUACUGGGCUCUAUGGACGAAGAAACUACCGAAGUAAACGUGGAUAACGAGAUAGCGAAAGCAAACGAAGCCAGCAUGAACAGAAAUGCAAAUUGGAUUGACAGUGGCAACAGUAGUGAAGAAUUGCUGGAUAACCUUGAGACGAUUGCUGAAAAUCCUGAAAACUCUUUGGAAAUGGAAGAUGAUACAGACGACAGCAACGUCAAAGACCUGUUUGAGAUAGCCGAUGCCCUGUUGGGUACCACACCAAAACCGUCUCGUUCCAGAGGGCGUUCUGGUACUCGCAGAUCGAAGUCCAGAAAGAAUGGCAAAAAUCACCACAGAAGCCAUACAACACCGUCUCCGUGUAAUGGAGACCUAAUCAACACGACGAGAAUCAAAAGAGCUUCUGCCAAGUCCACACACCAUUGGGAGCAGUUUGAUUGGGAUUUUGGACGAGUUAAAAAAGAUAUACCUCAAACCACCGAAGCUACAGAGAUAACUAUAUGUGAUCUCUGUGAAAAUGGUAAAUUAGAAGAAAAUACUAAAGGAAACGAACAAAUAUCAAGUGAUUCUUCUGAAUCUACGUUAACAAGCUCUUCAAGAGAAUCUGAAAUGACCACACAAUCUAAUUUAACUGAAGAAACACAAGAAAGUGACGAAACUACUAGUGAAACAUCUACAAUUAAAAAUUUAACACAGGAAACUACUGAGAUUCAUAGUGAUACAUCUUCUGACAUCUCAACGAAUCAAGAGACUGAAGAAACCACUUCUGUAGCUUCAACUGCAUCGGAAGAAACCAGUAGAAAUAUUACGUCUACAUUAUCUGCCUCUUCUGAAGAAAACCAUACUGAUAGAACUACCAUAAGUGAAUCUUCAGAAGAUAACAGAGCUACUGAGAAAGAUAUAUCAAGUAAAUCUUCAGGAAAUCACACGAAAGACAAUAAUCCAGAGAGUACGUCUUCUCGAAAAUCCGAAGAUGGUAAUUCUACAUUACCUACAAUUUCUGAAGAAACUACCAUAACUGGAUCUACAGAAGAUAACACCACUGUUCAUGAUACUAAAGAGUCUUCUAAGACUACAAUCGAAACAGAAAAAGAUGAUAAUACAGAAUCUACCACUUCUCAAGAGGAUUCCAAUAAAAAUAACACCGAAGAAAAAGACUCCACAGAAGAAGAAAACUCACCAUCCACUUCUGAAUCAGAAUUAGUAUCUGGAAAAUCAAGUGAUGAAGAAAAUUCACUGGAAAGUAGUGCUGAAUCAGAAGCAACACAAGCAUUACCUACAAUUUCUGAAGAAACUAAAACUGAAGAAACUACCAUACGCGGAUCUACAGAAGAUAACACCACUGUUCAUGAUACUAAAGAGUCUUCUAAGACUACAAUCGAAACAGAAAAAGAUGAUAAUACAGAAUCUACCGCUUCUCAAGAGGAUUCCAAUGAAAAUAACACCGAAGAAAGAUACUCUACAGAAGAAAAAAACUCAUUAUCCACCUCUGAAUCAGAGACUGUAUCUGAAGAAUCAAGUAGUGAAGAAAACUCACUGGAAAGUACUGUUGAAUCAGAAACAACACAAGCAUCUAUUGUAUCUUAUUUGAAUAAUUCUGAACCUGCUACAAACCUCUCUGUAGUAAUGGAUAGUUCAGAUAAACUACAAAUCACAGAAACAAGUACUCAGCAAACAGGUGAAGAAGAGGAAUACGAUGAAGGUACGGAGGAAGAAGAAUCGUCAACUACAGAGGAUUAUGUUGAAAUUGAAACUUUUCAAUUUUCACGAAUAACAAACGAUGAAACCAGUAUCGUCUCCACUACUGUAGAAGUAAUACCAGACUUGGAGGAAGUCAACGAUAUUCCUCCUUUCGAGCCAGGAAACACGAUAGAUUUGGAUUCCUUUUUAACAAACAUGCCAGAGUUACCAAAAGUUGAUAAUGAAGUUAGUAGUUCGUCUAUUAAACCAACUGAAGGCAAUACAAGCACAUCGGAGAAUAAUACUACCAAAAAUACAAGUCUUUCUUCAACAGAAUUGCCAAAAAGCGGCACCAGUACUACGGAAUCUUCUAUAAACCCAACCAAUACAACCGAACAUGUUAGUGUUACAUCGGGAUUGUCAAAAGACACUGAAGAUGUUACAAAAUCAACCACAAAGAUACCAUCUUCCACUACUCCAUCAGUGAAUGCUUCAACUGAAACCCCAGAGUAUUUCGAUGCAGGAAGUGGUAAUGAAGAAGCUGAAGAAUGCGAUUACUACGAUGUGAACGAGGACGCAACAGCGCAAACCACGAAUCCAAGUCCAGGUGAGAUUCAACACUUUACUAGAGUUUUCGAGGAGUACGUAAGCUAUGAUGAAGACGAAAACGUGGUAGCAGUAUUAAAUAAAAGCCAUCUAAUACACCUACCAAUCAAAAAAAAACAAAAUGUUACUGAAGAAAUGAAGUCAGUAAACACUAGUCAGUCGGAAGUGUUAGUUGAAACAAAAGAAUCUGCUACAGAAAAGAAAAUGACAACACCGUCUCAUCACGAUGCAGCAAGAACUACUGAGCAAAGAACUUCAACAGCAUCUUCUGAAUCUAAAGAAUCUGAAAUGCAUACGAACAAGUCAACUAGUGUUAGUAGUACAACAUCUACAACACUUUCUUCAACACAAACAGAAAAUUUAACUGAAACCACAACACAUAAUGGUAAAACCGUUCUAUCAAUAUUUGAUCUAAUUCCUGAUAUAGAAGAAUUAAACGAUGAGCCUCUUCCUGAACCUGGUAACACUAAUAUUAAUUUCUUGGAUGAAAUUACAAAAGAAAGCCAGUUUACUACACCCAAAAAAAACAGCAAAGGUAUUAUUGAAACUGGAAAAACACUCACAGCAUCAACUGAAAGUAUAGCUACUAGUAAAACUAGUUCAAGUGCAACUGAAUUUGAAGAACAAGCUGAACUGGAAACACCAGAAUCUGAUGAGGAAUUUAUAAAGAAAUUUGAGAAGGUUACUUUGAGUGAAGAAGCUGUGGCAGAAAUUGUUGAAGCUAAUCUUCCUCCAGUUGAAGAAACUUUUUCUUUAGAAACAGAUUUGAUGACAGAAGUAUCUGAACAAAAAAAUAUCAACCAAUCGACAGAAAGUGCAGAAGCAGCAAGCCCAGAAAUAUUAGAACAUGAGACAGAGUUGUCAAGUCUUUUCAGUGAAGAACAGGAAAGUACUAGAGCAAUACAUGAGCAUACGAAAAGUUCAACAGAAAAUACGCAUGGGAAAACAUCACAAGGAUUUACUGAAGAAGAUCGAGCAUCAAAAAUUGAAUAUCUUACAACUUUAGGGCAUAAAAUAGAAGAAACUUCACAAGAAUCAAUAAUUUCGCAUAUAUAUACCCCUAAAACAAAAGCGAGUGAAGAACUAGCACACAGUACGCCAGUAACGGAAGGUGUGUUUAAAGAACAUGGUACAGAAUCUAAAGAAAUAGUGUCAUCAGAAUAUGAAUUAGAAAGAAGAACAAAAGAGGAAGAAAUUUUACAUACAUUAAUACCAAACUUUUAUAGCGUUAAGCAAAAAUUUACUGCACCAUCAGGAAAAGAAAUUUCCCAUACAGUUAUGGGAGAAAAUACAGAAGAAAUUUUAAAAGAAAAGACUCAAACUAUUGAAAAAGAAAUGACCGAAUUUGAAGAAACGUCUACCAUAACAACACAUUUUACAGAAGCUGAAAAGUUCAAUACCCCAAAAUACAAUGUAAAAGAUGUAUUUGAAGAGUCAUGGCAAAAAUCAAUUACUCAUAGAAAAGCCACAGAACAGAGUACUGAAAAUUAUAUAGCAUCUAAGGAAGAAGGGCAUUCAAUCGAAUCUGAAGAAACCUUCGGUAAAACAACAGAAUCAGAAAUUUCUCACACAGAAGUUGAGGGAGAGGCUAAAGCUUCAUCAACGGAACAUAUUUCUGAGCAUUCAGUUCGUACAGAACCUGAAGAAUUAGAACAUACACUUCACAGAACAGGAUUAUCAACUGAACAUAUGUUUGAGCAUUUGAUUCAUACAGUGCCUGAAGAAAUAGAACAUACAGUAUCUAAGAAAGAAGAGCAUUCAGUCGAAACAGAGACUGAAGAAAUCUUAAGUGUAGCUUCUAAAUCAGAAAUUCCUCAGACAGUACCUGAAGAAAGAGAACAUACAGUAUCUAAGGAAGAAGAGCAUUCAGUCGAAACAAAGACUGAAGAAACCUUAAGUGAAGCUUCUGAGACAGAAAUUCCUCAGACAGUACCGGAAAAAAUAGAACAUACGGUAUCUAAGGAAGAAGAGCAUUCAGUCGAAACAGAGACUGAAGAAACCUUAAGUGUAACUUCUGAGUCAGAAACUCCUCAGACAGUACCUGAAGAAAUGGAACAUACAGUAUCUAAGGAAGAAGAGCAUUCAGUCGAAACAGAGACUGAAGAAAUCUUAAGUGUAGCUUCUAAAUCAGAAAUUCCUCAGACAGUACCUGAAGCAAGAGAACAUACAGUAUCUAAGGAAGAAGAGCAUUUAGUCGAAACAGAGACUGAAGAAACCUUAAGUGAAGCUUCUGAGACAGAAAUUCCUCAGACAGUACCGGAAAAAAUGGAACAUACAGUAUCUAAGGAAGAAGAGCAUUCAGUCGAAACAGAGACUGAAGAAAUCUUAAAUGUAGCUUCUAAAUCAGAAAUUCCUCAGACAGUACCUGAAGAAAGAGAACAUACAGUAUCUAAGGAAGAAGAGCAUUCAGUCGAAACAGAGACUGAAGAAACCUUAAGUGUAGCUUCUGAGUCAGAAAUUCCUCAGACAGUACCGGAAGAAAUAGAACAUACAGUAUCUAAGGAAGAAGAACAUUCAGUCGAAACAGAGACUGAAGAAACCUUAAGUGUAGCUUCUGAGUUAGAAAUUCCUCAGACAGUACCGGAAGAAAUAGAACAUACAGUAUCUAAGGAAGAAGAGCAUUCAGUCGAAACAGAGUCUGAAGAAACUUUAAGUGAAGCUUCUGAGACAGAAAUUCCCCAGACAGUACCGGAAGAAAUAGAGCAUACAGUAUCUAAGGAAGAAGAGCAUUCAGUCGAAACAGAGUCUGAAGAAACUUUAAGUGAAGCUUCUGAGACAAAAAUUCCUCAGACAGUACCGGAAGAAAUAGAACAUACAGUAUCUAAGGAAGAAGAACAUUCAGUCGAAACAGAGACUGAAGAAACCUUAAGUGUAGCUUCUGAGUCAGAAAUUCCUCAGACAGUACCGGAAGAAAUAGAACAUACAGUAUCUAAGGAAGAAGAGCAUUCAGUCGAAACAGAGACUGAAGAAACCAUAAGUGUAGCUUCUGAGUCAGAAAUUCCACAGACAGUACCGGAAGUAAUAGAACAUACAGUAUCUAAGGAAGAAGAGCAUUCAGUCGAAACAGAGACUGAAGAAACCUUAAGUGUAACUUCUGAGUCAGAAACUCCUCAGACAGUGCCUGAAGAAAUGGAACAUACAGUAUCUAAGGAAGAAGAGCAUUCAGUCGAAACAGAGACUGAAGAAACCUUAAGUGUAGCUUCUGAGUCAGAAACUCCUCAGACAGUGCCUGAAGAAAUGGAACAUACAGUAUCUAAGGAAGAAGAGCAUUCAGUCGAAACAGAGACUGAAGAAACCUUAAGUGUAGCUUCUCAGUCAGAAAUUCCUCAGACAGUACCUGAAGAAAUGGAACAUACAGUAUCUAAGGAAGAAGAGCAUUCAGCCGAAACAGAAACUGAAGAAACCUUAAGUGUAGCUUCUGAGUCAGAAACUCCUCAGACAGUGCCUGAAGAAAUGGAACAUACAGUAUCUAAGGAAGAAGAGCAUUCAGUCGAAACAGAGACUAAAGAAAUCUUAAGUGUAGCUUAUGAGUCAGAAAUUCCUCAGACAGUACCUGAAGAAAUGGAACAAAGAGUAUCUAAGGAAGAAGAGCAUUCAGCCGAAACAGAAACUGAAGAAACCUUAAGUGUAGCUUCUGAGUCAGAAACUCCUCAGACAGAGCCUGAAGAAAUGGACCAUACAGUAUCAAAGGAAGAAGAGCAUUCAGUCGAAACAGAGACUGAAGAAACCUUAAGUGUAGCUUCUGAGUCAGAAACUCCUCAGACAGUGGCUGGAGAAAUGGAACAUACAGUAUCUAAGGAAGUAGAGCAUUCAGUCAAAACAGAGACUGAAGAAACCUUAAGUGUAGCUUCUGAGUCAGAAAUUCCUCAGACAGUACCUGAAGAAAUGGAACAUACAGUAUCAAAGGAAGAAGAGCAUUCAGUCGAAACAGAGACUGAAGAAACCUUAAGUGUAGCUUCUGAGUCAGAAACUCCUCAGACAGUGCCUGAAGAAAUGGAACAUACAGUAUCUAAGGAAGAAGAGCAUUCAGUCGAAACAGAGACUGAAGAAACCUUAAGUGUAGCUUCUCAGUCAGAAAUUCCUCAGACAGUACCUGAAGAAAUGGAACAUACAGUAUCUAAGGAAGAAGAGCAUUCAGCCGAAACAGAAACUGAAGAAACCUUAAGUGUAGCUUCUGAGUCAGAAACUCCUCAGACAGUGCCUGAAGAAAUGGAACAUACAGUAUCUAAGGAAGAAGAGCAUUCAGUCGAAACAGAGACUGAAGAAAUCUUAAGUGUAGCUUAUGAGUCAGAAAUUCCUCAGACAGUACCUGAAGAAAUGGAACAUAGAGUAUCUAAGGAAGAAGAGCAUUCAGCCGAAACAGAAACUGAAGAAACCUUAAGUGUAGCUUCUGAGUCAGAAACUCCUCAGACAGUGCCUGAAGAAAUGGACCAUACAGUAUCAAAGGAAGAAGAGCAUUCAGUCGAAACAGAGACUGAAGAAACCUUAAGUGUAGCUUCUGAGUCAGAAACUCCUCAGACAGUGGCUGAAGAAAUGGAACAUACAGUAUCUAAGGAAGUAGAGCAUUCAGCCGAAACAGAAACUGAAGAAACCUUAAGUGUAGCUUCUGAGCCAGAAACUCCUCAGACAGUGCCUGAAGAAAUGGAACAUACAGUAUCUAAGGAAGAAGAGCAUUCAGUCGAAACAGAGACUGAAGAAACCUUAAGUGUAGCUUCUGAGUCAGAAAUUCCUCAGACAGUACCUGAAGAAAUGGAACAUACAGUAUCUAAGGAAGAAGAGCAUUCAGCCGAAACAGAAACUGAAGAAACCUUAACUGUAGCUUCUGAGUCAGAAACUCCUCAGACAGUGCCUGAAGAAAUGGACCAUACAGUAUCAAAGGAAGAAGAGCAUUCAGUCGAAACAGAGACUGAAGAAACCUUAAGUGUAGCUUCUGAGUCAGAAACUCCUCAGACAGUGCCUGAAGAAAUGGAACAUACAGUAUCUAAGGAAGUAGAGCAUUCAGUCAAAACAGAGACUGAAGAAACCUUAAGUGUAGCUUCUGAGUCAGAAAUUCCUCAGACAGUACCUGAAGAAAUGGAACAUACAGUAUCUAAGGAAGAAGAGCAUUCAGCCGAAACAGAAACUGAAGAAACCUUAAGUGUAGCUUCUGAGUCAGAAACUCCUCAGACAGUGCCUGAAGAAAUGGACCAUACAGUAUCAAAGGAAGAAGAGCAUUCAGUCGAAACAGAGACUGAAGAAACCUUAAGUGUAGCUUCUGAGUCAGAAACUCCUCAGACACUGCCUGAAGAAAUGGAACAUACAGUCUCUAAGGAAGAAGAGCAUUCAGUCGAAACAGAGACUGAAGAAACCUUAAGUGUAGCUUCUGAGUCAGAAAUUCCUCAGACAGUACCUGAAGAAAUGGAACAUACAGUAUCUAAGGAAGAAGAGCAUUCAGCCGAAACAGAAACUGAAGAAACCUUAAGUGUAGCUUCUGAGUCAGAAACUCCUCAGACAGUGCCUGAAGAAAUGGACCAUACAGUAUCAAAGGAAGAAGAGCAUUCAGUCGAAACAGAGACUGAAGAAACCUUAAGUGUAGCUUAUGAGUCAGAAAUUCCUCAGACAGUACCUGAAGAAAUGGAACAUACAGUAUCUAAGGAAGAAGAGCAUUCAGCCGAAACAGAAACUGAAGAAACCUUAAGUGUAGCUUCUGAGUCAGAAACUCCUCAGACAGUGCCUGAAGAAAUGGAACAUACAGUAUCUAAGGAAGAAGAGCAUUCAGUCGAAACAGAGACUGAAGAAACCUUAAGUGUAGCUUAUGAGUCAGAAAUUCCUCAGACAGUACCUGAAGAAAUGGAACAUACAGUAUCUAAGGAAGAAGAGCAUUCAGCCGAAACAGAAACUGAAGAAACCUUAAGUGUAGCUUCUGAGUCAGAAACUCCUCAGACAGUGCCUGAAGAAAUGAACCAUACAGUAUCAAAGGAAGAAGAGCAUUCAGUCGAAACAGAGACUGAAGAAACCUUAAGUGUAGCUUCUGAGUCAGAAACUCCUCAGACAGUGGCUGAAGAAAUGGGACAUACAGUAUCUAAGGAAGUAGAGCAUUCAGUCAAAACAGAGACUGAAGAAACCUUAAGUGUAGCUUCUGAGUCAGAAAUUCCUCAGACAGUACCUGAAGAAAUGGAACAUACAGUAUCUAAGGAAGAAGAGCAUUCAGCCGAAACAGAAACUAAAGAAACCUUAAGUGUAGUUUCUGAGUCAGAAAUUCCUCAGACAGUACCUGAAGAAAUGGAACAUACAGUAUCUAAGGAAGAAGAGCAUUCAGCCGAAACAGAAACUGAAGAAACCUUAAGUGUAGCUUCUGAGUCAGAAACUCCUCAGACAGUGCCUGAAGAAAUGGAACAUACAGUAUCUAAGGAAGAAGAGCAUUCAGUCGAAACAGAGACUGAAGAAACCUUAAGUGUAGCUUAUGAGUCAGAAAUUCCUCAGACAGUACCUGAAGAAAUAGAACAUACAAUAUCUAGGGAAGAAGAGCAUUCAGUCGAAACAGAGACUGAAGAAACCUUAAGUGUAGCUUCUGAGUCAGAAAUUCCUCAGACAGUGCCUGAAGAAAUGGAACAUACAGUAUCUAAGGAAGUAGAGCAUUCAGUCGAAACAGAGACUGAAGAAACCUUAAGUGUAGCUUCUGAGUCAGAAAUUCCUCAGACAGUACCUGAAGAAAAAGAACAUACAGUAUCUAAGGAAGAAGAGCAUUCAGUCGAAACAGAGUCUGAAGAAAUCUUAAGUUUAGCUUCUGAGUCAGAAAUUCCUCAGACAGUACCUGAAGAAAUGGAACAUACAGUAUCUAAGGAAGAAGAGCAUUCAGUCGAAACAGAGUCUGAAGAAACCUUAUUUCAAACUUCUGAGUCAGAAAUUCCUCAGACAGAAUUUGAAGAGAAGGCUGGAGGAUUAGUAACAUCAAAACCAGAAGCCAAAAUUGAAUUACUUCCACCAGUAAAAUACUCAAAAACCACUGCAAAAACUAGAGUAACUUCAGAAAAAGAUGAGAGUUUAUUAGUCAAUGCAGAUAGAUUCCUGGACUUUCAAUCAACUCCAUGUGAGUUUUGUGAUUUUACUACAUCAGAAGCUUCUGUCGCUCAAACUAAACACUCGUCUAAACAAAUCUCCAAUCAUAGGUCGACUUUAACAAGUUAUCUACAGACACCUAGUAAACCUCCUCAUACAAAAGUGAGCCAUCACACAACUACAGCAGAAGAUUUAACUCCAAAAGCUGGGUUUGGUAUAGAGCUGCCUGAAACAGAAACAACUCCAUGUGAAUACUGUAAGGAUGACAAGCAGCUACCAGGAACUACUGAAGUUUCUGUCCCUAAAAACAAGCAUUAUACUAAAAAUAUACAGUCUGUUACUAAAAGUAAACCUAUAUCAGAAUCAGUAGAACGCACAAAAUUAGAAAAAGGAACUACAGGCACUUCUAAAAAAACAGGACAAAAAGAAUAUGCGAGCACUACAAAAGAGAUUACUAAAGCAGAAUAUGAAUUAGAAACUGAAUCAUAUAAAUCAUCAACAGAAGAAACGGAAGAGGAAAGUAGUGAACACACUGAACAAAUAUUGCAAUACAAAUCAGUGCCAGCAAUACACCAAACAGAAACUGAAUUACAGGAAUCAUUACAGGAAACAACAUCAGAGGAAGAAACUGAAUUGGAAUCAGAAACCACAGAGUCUGAAGAUAUUUCAGAAACCGAGAUUACUGAAAGUACUGAAAAUACAAUUACAGAAUCAACAGAAUAUAAUACAGAAGCCGCAGAAGAAUCAGUUACUACAGUAGAAUCUGAAGAAGGAACAUGGAGGCAUGAAGAAGUAACUCAGGGAGAAGAAUUAACAGAAAAGGUUGAGGAAACAGAGGAGGAAACUAUAGAGGAACAUAGUUAUGCUUCUUCAGAGGAAGAAUCCAAAGAAACCACUGAAGGUGAAAAUACCAAUAUAGAAAAUAUUGAAACAUCUACACAAGGACUGGAAGCUACUUUAGAAGCAUCCACAAAAUCGGAAAGUGCUGAAGAAGAAAGUACUCCUACACUUACAGAAGAAUAUUCUUCGUUACUUACAGAAGAAGAAUCUGAAGAAACAUCUGAGGAAUCUUCUAAAUUGGAAGCAGCAACAGAAACAUCAGAAGAAGAGUUAGAAUUGCAACUGGAGACUACAGAAUUUAGUGGGCUAUCGGUUCAAAGCUUAGAAGCUAAUUUGAACACUGAGACUAAAGAGCAAAUAGAAUUUCAGUCAACGAAAGUUGAAGAAACUGAAGAAGCUUCAGAAGAGACAACCGAACCAAAAGAGGCUGCAGAGAGUGAACUAACAAUAGCUCACGAACCUGAAGCAAGCUCAGAGAUAUCAGUUGAAGAAGAAACUAAGCCUCGCGAGUUACUAGCCGAAGAAAUAGAAUCAGUAACUGAAGUUGCAGAAUCUGCAGAAUCAAAUACUCCUGAAGAACAAUUCAGAAAAUUUCCAACAGAAGGACAUAUUUCUCAAGAAUUCGAACACAAGAAACCUGAGAAAACUUUAGAAGAAACUACAGAAACAAUUCCUGAAAUAGAAAUUGAACUACUAACGUUAGAAGAAGGAAUGGUUGAAUCAGCUGAAACAGAAUCUGAAGCAGAGAAUUUGGAGACUACUGAAUCAGAAGCUAUGGAUACAGAAGUUGAGUCAAUAGAAACAAAAUCUGAGGAAACUUUAGAAACAACUACAGAAUCUGGAGCUCUUGAAACAGAAAUUAAGGAGUCGUCAGAAGGCUUAUCAACAGAAGAACAUAUUGUUGAGCAUUCAAUUGAAACAGAAUCUGAAGAAUCUUUAGGAGAGACUACGGAAAUAGAAGAAAGUGUAGAGACAGAAAUAUCCGUAGAAAAAGAAUCUGUUGAAACCGAACUAGAAAAGUUAACAACAGAGGAAAAUAUUUCUGAAGAAAUAGAGCAUACAGAAUCUCAGUCUAAAGAAAUUUUAGAGGAGACUACUGAAUCGGAAGCUCAUGAAACAGAGUCUAAAGAAACAUCAGGGGAAACUAGUGAAUCAGAAGCUCAUGAAACACAGUCUAGAGAAAUUUUAGAGGAGACUACUGAAUCGGAAGCUCAUGAAACAGAGUCUAAGGAAAUUCUAAAGGAGAGUACUGAAUCGGAAGCUUCUGAAACAGAGUCUAAAGAAACUUUAGGGGAAACUAUUGAAUCAGAAGCUCAUGAAACACAGUCUAAAGGAAGUUUAGAAGAGACUACUGAAUCGGAAGCUCAUGAAACAGAGUCUAAGGAAAUUCUAAAGGAGAGUACUGAAUCGGAAGCUUCUGAAACAGAGUCUAAAGAAACUUUAGGGGAAACUAUUCAAUCAGAAGCUCAUGAAACACAGUCUAAAGAAAUUUUAGAGGAGACUACUGAAUUGGAAGGUCCUGUAAAAGAGUCUAAAGAAACCUUUGGCGAAACUGUUGAAUCAGAAGCUCAUGAAACACAGUCUAAAGAAAUUUUAGAGGUGACUACUGAAUCGGAAGCUCAUGAAACAGAGUCUAAGGAAAUUCUAAAGGAGAGUACUGAAUCGGAAGCUCCUGAAACAGAGUCUAAAGAAACUUUAGGGGAAAUUAUUGAAUCAGAAGCUCAUGAAACACAGUCUAAAGAAAUUUUAGAGGAGACUACUGAAUUGGAAGGUCCCGUAAAAGAGUCUAAAGAAACCUUUGGGGUAACUGUUGAAUCAGAAGCUCAUGAAACACAGUCUAAAGAAAUUUUAGAGGUGACUACUGAAUCGGAAGCUCAUGAAACAGAGUCUAAAGAAACUUUAGAGGAAACUACUGAAUCGGAAAAGCAUGAAACAGAGUCUAAAGAGACUUUAGGGGAAACUACUGAAUCAGAAGCUCAUGAAACACAGUCUAAAGAAAUUCUAGAGGAGUCUACUGAAUCGGAAGCUCAUGAAACAGAGUCUAAAGAAACUCUAGGGGAAACUGUUGAAUCAGAAGCUCAUGAAACACAGUCUAAAGAAAUUUUAGAAGAGACUACUGAAUCGGAAGCUCAUGAAACAGAGUCUAAAGAAACUUUAAGGAAAACUACUGAAUCAGAAACUCAUGAAACACAGUCUAAAGGAAUUUUAGAGGAGACUACUGAAUCGGAAAAGCCUGAAACAGAGUCUAAAGAGACUUUAGGGGAAACUACUGAAUCAGAAGCUCAUGAAACACAGUCUAAAGAAAUUCUAGAGGAGUCUACUGAAUCGGAAGCUCAUGAAACAGAGUCUAAAGAAAGUUUAGAAGAGACUACUGAAUUGGAAGCUCAUGAAACAGAGUCUAAAAAAAUUUUAGAGGAAACUACUGAAUCGGAAGCUCAUGAAACAGAGUCUAUAGAAACUCUAGGAAAAACUAUUGAAUCAGAAGCUCAAGAAACGCAGUCUAAAGAAACUUUAGAGGAAACUGCUGAUUCAGAAUCUAGUGAGACAGAAAUUGAGGAAAAUCUUGAGUAUUUACCAACAAAAGAGGAGUCAGUAGAAACAGAAUCUCAGGGAUCUUUAGAGAAAACUACUGAACCAGAAAUUAAAGAAGAAUUAGAAGGUUUAUCGACAAAAGAAUAUAUCUCUGACUAUUCAGUUGAAACAGAAUAUGAGGAAACUUUAGGAAACACUACACAAACAGCAGAGAGUGUAGAAACAGAAAAAAAUAUUUCUGAAAAAUUAGAACAUACAGAAUCUGGGGAAGAAGAACAGUUAAUUGAACCAGAAUUUGAAAAAACCUUAGGUGAAUCUCUUGAAUCAGAAGCUCCUCAGACAGAAUUUGAAGAAAAAACUGAAGCUUCAUCAACGGAACACAUUUUUGAGCAUUCAGUUCAUACAGAGCUUGAAGAAUUAGAACAUACAGCAUCUAAAGAAGAAGAGCAUUCAAUUGAAACAGAAUCUGAAGAAAUCUUAGGCGAAACCACUGAAUCCGAAGCUCCUGAGACAGGAGUUGAAGAAACACCUGAAAAUGUAUCAAUAGAGGAAGAUAUUUCUGAGCAAUCAAUUGAAACUGAGCCUGAAGAACCUUUAAAGGAAACUACUGAAACAGCAGAGAGUGUAGAAAGAGAAAAAAAUAUUUCUGAAGAAUUGAAACAUACAACAUCUAAGGAAGGAAUGCAUAGAGUUGAAACAGAAUCUGAAGAAACUUCAGAAGAAACUUCUGAAUCUGUAGGUGUAGAAAUUGAAACUAUUAGCACAACAGAAACUGAAGAACCAAUAGAAGGUAUAUCUACAGAAGAAGUCGAAUUGCAAAUUUUAAGCAAAGAAAAAUUAGGAAAACUCUUCGAAGGCCACACAUUACUACCAGACGCUGAAGAAAUGCCGACAGAACAUUUAGAAACCAUAAACGAAAUACACCUCCAUACAGACUACGUAAAAGGUAUCAGUCAUCAACUAAACGAAACAUUUGAUGAAGACAUUGAUACAACAAGCAUAGCUGAUACAGAAAUCACCCAGGCAACAGAUGAAGAAAUUCUUAAAUCGAUCACAGAAGAAAUAUCAGCCAGUAGAACUUCGAAGUUGACAAUUGAAUCAGAAUCUAAUGAACUAAUGACAGAACCUGAAGAGACUCCUCAUUCAAAUGAAGAAAAUAUUGCUGAAGAAACAGAAUCUGAAGAAAGCCAUACAGAAAUUGUACAUGAAAAGACUGUUAGUGAAGAGUCUAUAAAUGAAGAAGAAGAAGAGAAUAUUGAAAAAGAAUUAAAAACAGAAGUUUCUGAACAUAAACACUUAAAACCUGAAACAAAUAAACAAGUGGAAGAAGAAGAACAUGCUUCUGAAGAAAUUUCCGUUGCUCCGGAACAUACAACAAAUAUCGAAAGACCUAUUGAACAUACAAACGAAGAAGAAAUUAUAUCGACAAAAGUUGAAGAGCUUGGGGACUUUGGAUCUGAAACUACACCGUGUGAAUUUUGUGAUAAAGAAACUAAGGAGCAUGAAGAAAAAACAGCUGAAGCAAAACAUGCGUCUGAAGAAGAACCUGAAGAACACAGAACAACCGAAAAUGUAUCAGAAGAAGAAAAAUCUUCUGUUGUACAUUCAUCCACAGUCGAAGAGGAAACAGAGGGUUCUGAAGAAAAAGAAGAAUCUACGUUAACAGCUGAAGAAAUGUCUCAAGAAGUAGAAGAAGAAGAAGAAGAGGGGGUUCAGAAAAUUAAAACUACUGAAAAGUUUCCUUACACACACGGGCCUCCGUUAUCAAGUAGCAUCGAAGAAGAAGAAAAAUCUGCUAGUGAAGAAACAGCAAAACCUUUACUUAUAAUAAUAAACAAUUCGGGAAAAAAACUGGCAAAACUUAAUGAAACUAUGCUUGAAAGUGUCCUAAAGAAACCUGUUUCUGAUUUCAAAUUAGAAUACCUGGAUAUCGGCGCAGAUAACUUAAGUUCUUCAACUGAAAAGAACAAAGAAUUCAUUGAUAUAGCUCACGAGGCUUGCAAAAAAACUGAUUACGAAGAGGGAAAUAAUUGUUUUUGCGAUGUAAAGAGUUUCCUGGAUGAAAUAUCGAAGAAGGUCAAUCAGAAAGAGCCUGUAAAACCUUCAGGGAGUUAUUGUAAUAAAUUCUUGAGGCUUACUCAUGGACUAAAUUUAGAAAACUCAACAGAACCCACUACCUUGAGACAUCGAAGAAGUUUGUUUUAUUUGGACAGCUUAAAGAAGAAAGAGGACCAAGUUGAACAUAAGAAUAUGGAGGGGCUUUUUGGAGAUUAUUCCUUGAAUUUGACUGAUGUGAGUAUGUUCAGUUUGCCUGGCGACACUGUAAAAAUUCCUUGUGAAUCACACGCCCAAAGUCUCAUACAGGGUGAUAAAGAAGUAGUCUGGAAGUUUCAUUCAACUUAUAAAGAAGGAGAAACCGAAUUGCCUGAAAAAGGACCAAUACUGACCUUGCACGAAGUCUCAGUCAAAGAUUUUGGGAAUUAUACGUGUAGUAUAGAAAACGAGACCGAAAAAGUGCACUGGCACGAAUUGGAAGUUAUUACUCUCCCUGUAUACGACGUGAACAUGCACGUGUUCUACAAAAUGAACGAUAGCUGCAGCCCGGGUGCGGCAGACGCAAUCCAGAUGCAUUUACCCAAAAUGAUAGCGCCCAUUCUGUGCAACACAGAAAUCGAAAUUUGUACAGUGGAUAUACAGAGACCCAGGUGUUUAAAAAGGGCGGAUGAUAACUAUUUUAACAUAUCAAUGACAGCAAAAAUGAAUCCCCACUUUCUUCGGUCAUUUAACACUGAAACUUGCGACAUCAACUGCAAGUUAAAAAUCUACGAAAGCUCUGUUGCCAUGGUUUACAAAAAUGCAGACAUUUUAGAGAAUGUACCAGUCCACUCGAAACUCGAUCACUUACAAAUAGUCGAUCUUGAACCGAACAAAAAUGCCAAAUCUGACAGUCCAGUCAAUACCAAACCACCAAGUAUCGUUGUUUCAUGCCAAGGAGGAUAUGGACUAGAAAACGAGCAUCAGAGAGUAUGCGUUCUCUGUCCCCAACACACUUUCAGCGAUGACAACGAGGCAUUUUGCAGAACUUGCCCCGCAGGGCAAUACCAACCAGCGGCUGGUUCCAAGUCUUGUCUGCAGUGUAGUUCCCCCGUUGAUAAUAAAAUGUGCUUGAGAAUGCUGUACACGGACACCAAGCUGUUCAAAAUAUACGUGGGGGUAGCUUUCGGGCUCGUCAUUUUAAUGAUUAUAGUGAUUAUCGUUUGGUCGAGUGGAAAAAAGGAUAAUUCUCAGAAACCCAGGACUUAUGAAGGGUCUCUGCGCCACAGAAUAAUGAACAGAAGGCGGCAGGCAGAUUUGGAAAGUGGGGCACGUGAGCCUCUGUUGAAAUCACCCCAAAAAGCCGCACCUCCCCAGCUACCCCCUGUAGACUUUUAGCGAUCGGAAAAACAGGAGUUUAUUUUUAAGAUUGACACUGUAUUUUUUAUUAAAAUAAAUAGUUUUUGUAAGA